AUCGCUGUGUCACAGCAUGAGAAACAUGCUUUAUUAAGGAUUUCAACACUGAGUUUAAAAAUAAGCCAAUACCUGUUGUCUUAUUAACACAUAUAAGAUAUUAAUAGUAAUCUAGAAAAUUGUAUGCAGUCUAAGUGACAUGGUUGAUGCCUCUUAGGUGUGUUUAAACAAUAGCAGAGGCAAACUUACGAAAAUGCAAUUAAACAGACUCUUAAACACUUUACACAGAUUCAUAUAAUUUCAUUCUUCCUUUUAAAAAACUUUAUUCACUACAAAGAACCUCAACAGAAAGGUAGAAAGCAGGUAGAAACCAUCGAUUACUUCAUUUAAAUGCACUCCAAUUAAAUUUGCAUUCAUUAUUUUCCUUUCAUUACUUUUGGAGAUGUGGAGUUUCUUUAUUCAUUAUUUUAAGAUAAAAUAGAAAGAAAAUGUUCUCCGUGAACUAGUAAAAACCUUUCAUGAAUCAUGCCAUUUCUUUUUACAAAAGCAACAGGACAGACUUCUUUAGCUUUUUUUAAUAUAAAAGUGCGCGUUUCUAAUUAAACUGACAUCGACAAAAGAAGGUCUGGUUGGCGUCAAUAAACUAGUUUUUUUCUUUUGACACGCUGCCAAAUCCAUUAAAAGCCGAGCAGCGUCAUUUUGCGCGUCUGACGUCUGUGAAUAUGAUGCGCGUGGAUGUGGAGUGAACUGUCCGUGGUGCUGAAACCGCCGCAGCGACACACAGACGGAAUGCGCGUUCAGGACUCUGCCAGCAUGCGCGCGAGCGUCCUUUGAUCGCUAUAUGUACUUUAAAUCCGUGGCAGACCCAAACCAGUGUCGGAAUGCUGCCCAACGACACAUUCAAGAACCUGGAGGAUGGUUUGUAUCUGUUAAACUCCUCCAACGAGACGCAUAACGGGGAGUCUCACGGCAGCAGCGCGAUCUUCAUCUCUUUCAUUUAUUCCGUGGUGUGUUUGGUCGGACUCUGUGGGAACUCGAUGGUGAUUUAUGUCAUCUUCAGAUAUGCCAAGAUGAAAACCGCGACCAAUAUCUACAUUUUGAACUUGGCGAUCGCCGAUGAGUUGCUCAUGUUGAGCGUGCCCUUUUUGGUGACCUCCUCGCUACUUCACCACUGGCCCUUCGGGUCUCUCCUGUGUCGUUUGGUUUUAAGCGUCGAUGCCAUCAACAUGUUCACCAGCAUCUAUUGUCUCACAGUGUUGAGUAUUGACCGGUACAUCUCUGUGGUGCAUCCCAUCAAAGCCGCCCGGUACCGGAGACCCACCAUCGCCAAAAUGGUCAACUUAGGGGUCUGGAUGUUCUCCAUCCUGGUCAUCUUACCCAUCGUCAUCUUCUCCACCACUGCGCCAAAUUCUGACGGAUCCGUGGCUUGCAACAUGCAGAUGCCCGAGCCCGAGAGGCAGUGGAUGGCCGUGUUCGUGAUAUAUGCCUUUCUGAUGGGCUUUCUUUUCCCGGUCAUCGCCAUAUGCAUGUGUUACAUCCUCAUUAUAGUGAAGAUGCGGGUCGUGGCGUUGAAAGCGGGCUGGCAGCAGCGCAAAAAGUCCGAGAGGAAGAUCACUCUCAUGGUGAUGAUGGUGGUAACUGUUUUUGUCAUCUGUUGGAUGCCGUUUCACAUCGUUCAGCUCGUAAGUGUGUUUGUUCAGAACCAUAAUGCAACCCUCAGUCAGCUGGCUGUGAUUUUAGGGUAUGCAAACAGCUGCGCAAAUCCCAUUCUGUACGGAUUCUUAUCGGACAACUUCAGGCGCUCCUUCCAGAGGAUUUUAUGCCUCAGAUGGUGGGAAAACGCCACGGAGGAACCCAUAGAUUACUAUGCCACGGCUUUAAAGAGUCGAGGAUACAGCGUGGACGAAUUUCAGCCGGAUAAUCUGGAAUCGGGCAGCACUUACAGGAACGGCACGUGUACAUCCAGAACUACAACACUCUAGGACUCAAUAGAGGAGUGUUAAAGGCUGGUUUUGUUAUUUGUUGUCAUUUGAAGUAUGUGCGAUUUAUUUGUGUUUCGUUUCUAUGUUUGGGUUACACUUUAAAAUAGCUGCCAUUGCUUGCAUUAACAAACAUUAUGAGUUUACAUAAUGCUUUACAAUUACGUUUGUUAAUGUGCGUUCAUGAAAAUAUGAUUUAUAUAUAUUUUUACAUAUUUUUAUAUUUCAGUGUUUGUUGAGAAAAAUGAAAAAUCUUCAUAUAAAGUGUUA